AUGCAUUUCUCAGAGGUGAUCCCUGAAGAGACGGAUCCUGUCAUUCGUGAUUUUUUGAUAAGUUCUGUGUUUUCCUUGGCGUGCAUGAUCUCUAUCUAUGAGAACGAAACUGAUGUGGAUAGGAAGCGAUAUUUUAUGAGGCAAUCUAAUUAUAAUUUCGUAACGAUGUCAGGAGCGAAAAAGGCGUACACCUUCAAUAAGAGAUACUGCGACCACAUAAUGAAUGCGCUCUUGCUUCACGACGGGAGUAACAUAGCGAUGACCGUAAGAGCGAAAAGUGUGGAUAUUGAGAUCAGUGGACAUGUGGAUAUUGAGAUGUGGAUAUUGAGAUAUGGAUAUUGA